CUCAGGGUUUGUCCCCGAAUGGACUGAACACGACCACGCUCAUCCUCCAUCGCCAACCCGAUAUGGGUGGGCGAUUUCCAAGGUGAUUACAAUUACACCCCCCGGUCCGUGCCAUUUUGUAAGACCAGCUUGGGAUGAUUCAACCCUCACGUGCAACACCCCCCUUCGAUGAUGAUGAUGCAUGAGGUAGAGAAGGCGGUAGAAAUCCCCCUCACAACAAAUCCUAUUUAAGCCCCUGAAGCCCCAUUGGCAGCUUCUCAGAUCUCCCGCACACAACAGCUCCUUGGUUAAAAACCCGGCCGCCACACUAGUAUCACAAUGUGUUUCCCUUCAAAGAAGCAAAAAAAUAACUUUGCUGAUUCAGACCCUACGCGGUCGGGUACAAAAGCUGGGGAGGUUAAAGCCGCUGAAGAGCCCAAACCUUCCGCAUCCACUGCUACUCCUGCACUUCCUGCACCUCUUGCCAUCUCCGAUAACCUCCAGAAUAUGUCUGGUCAAAGAGUUGCUAUUGUCAUCUACUCUAUGUAUGGGCACAUCGCUAAAGUCGCUGAAGCCGUCAAGGGAGGCAUUAACAGCACAGGCGGUAACGCCACCAUCUACCAAAUUCAAGAAACUCUCUCCGAAGACGUCCUCAAACUCCUCAAGGCUCCUCCUCGUCCAGACUACCCUACCCUUGUCCCAGGCGACCUCGUCAACUUCGAUGCCUUCCUCUUUGGCGUGCCAACUCGCUUCGGCAACUUCCCCGCCCAAUGGAAGGCGUUCUGGGACGCAACGGGUGGGUUAUGGAGCAAGGGCGCGCUUUCAGGGAAGAUGUGCAGUAUGUUCGUUUCCACGGGUACGCAAGGCGGUGGACAGGAAGUCACGGUUAUGAAUGCCUUGUCGACCUUCGUCCACCAUGGGAUGAUAUACGUUCCCUUGGGGUAUAAGAAUACCUUCGCGCAAAUGUCAAACCUGUCGGAAAUACAUGGCGGAUCGCCUUGGGGUUCAGGUACCUUUGCUGGCUCAGACGGUUCCCGUCAACCUUCAGCGCUUGAACUUGAGAUCGCGUCGCUCCACGGGAAAUCGUUCUGGGAAAUAGUUUCCAAGCACAAGUUCCAGUAGAUACCCACAUUGGGGAUACCCAGUGAACUGCGGAACGCGUUGUUGGGUAAAAUAGCAAGGCGGCCGUGAACGCCCAUGGGACGGCGUCCGCACUAAAAGUUAAGCUAUUCAAGU